AUGUCAGCACUGGAGAUCGUCGGCGCCAGCAGUGCGAUUGCUGCCUUGGCGCAACAAUCCUUGCAGCUUCUCACUCGAAUCCAAGAUGCCUUGAGAUAUGCUGAGAGCAUCACCACAUACUUGACGAACGUCCGUAACGAUGUAGCGACUGUGGAGUCCGUUGUUCGAUCCAUCUCCGAAGAGGUUGCCCUCCAAGUCUCGGACAUUACUCCAGCCCUCACUGGAAUCUUCGAUGCAACCAAGCAGUUAGGGGAGUUCGUCGAGGAACUUUUCACGCGCACCGAGCAGGGUGGUGGGUUCCGAAGGUUCACUCGAGGACUUCUCCAAGGCCCUUCUGAGCAGCAGCAGCUCAAUGGCUACAAGGAAAACCUACUGCAGGCCAAGACGACAUUGCUUCUUCGCAUCCAAGCUUCAACAGUCGGCUUAUUCAAGAAGGAAGGCACCACCGUCAUCAAUCUCAUGGUUGUUUCCAAGGUCGAGAGAUGGCUUCAAAAUCUCCCUGGCAGCAUCGACGGUCGCCUCAACAUCAGCGAAUAUCUCCAGCAAAAGGGAGUCGACGCAAGCCAGGAAUAUUACCAGCCCACAACCCAGGAGCUGGAAGAGCUUCUGGGUCCCCUGCAGGAUCCAGAGGUUAGGGAAACUUUAGCAGCCAUUCCAAGCGACAACAUACUCAAUAACACGACCUCUGGCUUUUCUUCGAUGUUCAAUGGGUACAUUGGGAAUGGUACAGCGGAUCGUGAUGCAUUCAUUGUCCCCAACAGACCGACCAACAUCAUUGGCAACCGGGCCCGUGAUUAUUCCGUCAUGGUCAACCGGGGUAUCUCCCGGAACACAGCUGAUGGUCUUUCUUCUGCUCAAAAACAACAGUUGGAGGUACUCAUCAAGGCAAAUUUGGUCGAGAAGGUGAGGGUCGAACACCAGGAGCCGAAGAAAGAAGGCUAG